AAGGGAGAGUGUCAGCAAACCACACAGAAGAACAAACAAAUUUGUGUCCAAAGAUAUUCAUACCAUUACCUUUGCUUACCUUUUGUCUGUUUGUUGACAAAAUUCCUUUGCUUCCUUCAUACUUCAAUUCAUUCCCUUUCUCUUCCCCAACAAUCAAAGAAUCUCCAUACGCUAAAACAGAGACAAGGUGAGGUGAAACGAAAGACAAGCAAGUCUCCUAGAAAUGCGGAGCUUAACAUUGGGUACUUCACUUACACUGUCUCCAUCAUCAUCAACCCCAACACCUUCCUCAAAAUCCCCUCUUUCCCUUUUAAUCAAACAGCCUCCACCCUUUUACCCUCCUUCUCCCAGGGUUUCUAAUGAAUCAUCAAUCCCCAGAUUUGGAGCAUGUAGGGCUACUCAAGUUGUCGAUCUCUUUCCGACCGUGUCUCCCGAGAUUGUUGUUCGGGAGGCACGGUUAGAGGAUUGUUGGGAAGUAGCUGAGACGCACUGCAGCUCGUUCUUCCCCGAAUAUUCCUUCCCUUUGGAUUUCGUGCUACGAGUUGAUAGACUGGUGGGGAUGCUGUCUGGAUUCUCUAUUCCUCCUGGUUGCCGGAGAACUUGUUUGGUUGCUGUCAUUGGUGGUUCAGUUGGUGAUACGUUUUUAUUUGGAACUGAAGAUUUCAAAAUCGGAGGUUUCGACGGAAAAUUCAGUCUUAAUAAAGGGUAUGUGACUGGUAUAUUAACUAUCGAUACCGUUGCCGAUUUUCUUCCUAGAAAAGGACCACUUCGACAGAGAAGGACUGGAAUUGCAUACAUAUCAAAUGUUGCGGUCCGGGAGAGAUUCCGUCGUAAGGGAAUAGCUAAAAGGCUCAUAGCCAAGGCUGAAGCUCAAGCGAAGAGCUGGGGCUGCCGUGCCGUUGCGUUGCACUGCGAUUUGAACAACCCUGGUGCAACAAAACUGUACAAAGACCAGGGUUUCAGAUGCAUUAAGGUGCCGGAAGGAGCAAACUGGCCCCAGCCGAAGACCGCACCCAAUGUGAAGUUCAACUUCAUGAUGAAGCUUCUAAACACCCCUACUACCACUGCAUAAAUUCUUUCACAAACAUUGAAAAAGAGAAUCGGAUAAAACUCAUCAAAGAUGCAAAUAUGUAGGAUGUCUGAAAUUAGUUGUAUAUAGUUUGAACCUGAUGGGAUUCGCUUCAAAUAUUUGUAGUUACUGUAUUUAUUAUCUGUGAGUGUCGGUUAUAGAUACGUUUAAUCUUUUCUAAAUGAAUUUCUAUAUUUAAAGAGUAA